ACAUACAUUUUGUUAAAUUUGAAAACUAUGAGCAUCUCUUUAUUGGAUUCAGUUAAAUAUCUCAACAAUUGUCAAUGGACACCAUAAUUCAGACACAUUUAUGCCUUUCGCCAUGUUUUACAAACUGUAAAGCGGAAAAGAAGACCGAAAAGAAAGAAAAUCAUAUCUGGGGAAUUCUUUGACCAAUUUUUGAUUCAUUGAUUCCUUCCUUCUCUCUUCUUUUAAUUUCUCUCAACUACUACUACUACUUUUAGCUCAAUUUCAUCACCUUUUCUGCAAUCACUACAGUAGAGAUGAGCUCUGAGAUUGUAUGGUUUGUAGCAGUUUUAGCUCUCAUUGCAGCCGGAGAGAGCACCAAAAGUGUUGGAGGAACAUGCCAUACCAAUGACCUCAAAGGCCUGAGAAGUUUCAAGGCAGGGAUUCACUCGGACGACUCCGGCCGGAUUGACAAGUGGAUUGGCAAUAGCUGCUGCGACUGGGAUGGGAUUUCUUGCAACAACAUAACUGGUAGAGUGACACAGAUCAAUCUCCCAGGUUUUAUCACUACAGAUGAUGCUCCUCUCCAGUCUUACAUGUAUGGCUCGAUAUCGCCCUCAAUAACACUUCUGAGCAAUCUUGAAGUUGUUGAUCUAUCUGGGCUUGUCGGCUUAACAGGAAAGAUCCCUUCAUUGAUUGGUUUUCAUCUUCCGGGGCUCAGAAAACUCUCCUUGUGGGGCAAUCACAUUAAGGGUCCAUUGCCAGAGAGCAUCGGUAAGCUGUCUAAACUUGAAGAGUUAUGUCUAAAUGAAAACAGCUUGAGUGGUUCUCUACCUGCAAAUCUUGGGAAUCUUAAAGCUUUGAGAAGGUUGGAUUUACAUUCAAAUAGGUUUUCAGGUGCAAUACCUGAGUCUAUAUCAAACUUGACUAGCCUGAAAAGUCUCAGCCUGCAGAAUAACCUUCUCACUGGAGAUAUACCUGUUAAUAUUGGUGAUCUGCAGGCGUUGAAAGAGCUUGAUCUGUCGAACAAUUCGUUAACUGGAAGAAUCCCUUCUUCAAUAACUAAGCUAAAAGCUAUUUCAAUUAUCUACCUGAACGACAAUCAGCUUGUUGGGGAGAUACCCACCAUUUUAGGCCCUGAUCAAAUGCCUUGUCUAGGUUUCUUGAGGCUCAACGAUAACCGGCUGACAGGAAGAAUACCUUACUCUUUUGGUUACCUGAGUUCUCUGCAAAGAGUUUCCUUAGCAAACAAUGUGCUCGAGGGACAAAUUCCGUCCAGUUUAGGUGAUCUAAGAUCUCUGACGGAAUUAUACCUGAAUGGCAACAAGUUAUCAGGCCAACUACCAAGUUCAAUAAGUCUGCUUCCGCAGCUUCUUAUGUUAACACUUUCCAACAACAUGAUUGAAGGACCACUGCCCCAUCGGAUGGCUUCACUUGGAAGUCUUCAAAUGCUUGAUCUUUCAUUCAAUCGGCUAAACCUUUCCACCAUCCCUAAGUGGCUCCUGAAAUUGCCAUCACUGUCUAGGAUUUACUUGGCAGACUGCAAAAUCCAGGGUGAAUUACCGGAGGAUUUACAAGCCACUCCAAGUGCACUACAAGAGCUGGAUUUAUCAGCCAACCAUCUGACCGGCAAAAUACCAGAAUGGAUUGGGAGCUUAACGGAACUCUACUCAUUGAACUUAUCAGUUAACUUUCUUGCCGGUGAGAUCCCUAGUUCAGUCACAAAGUUAGCAAGCCUGGGGGUUCUAGACCUUCACUCCAACAAAUUAUCAGGUUCUUUACAAUGGGUUUUUCAGGUGGAAAGCAGAUUUACUACUGGCGGAUCAUUGGCAUUUCUUGACCUUUCAGAUAAUAACUUCACAAGUGGUAUUGAGCAAAUCGGUAUGGGGACUCAACUUGAGAUCCAGCACAUUAAUUUGUCGCACAACUUCAUUGAAGGUAGAUUACCUGAUUCCAUCGGGAGAUUAGAAACAAUGAAGAGCCUGGAUUUGAGUUGCAAUAACUUAGACUCCGCACUGCCGCCAUUGUUGGCAAAUGCAAGCUCCCUGGAGACUUUGAAGCUGCAGAAAAAUCAUUUUACGGGGAAAAUACCAAGUGAAUUUCUGAAGCUGAGAAAGUUGAAGGAGCUGGACCUCUCGGAUAACUUCCUUGAGGGAAAAAUACCUUUUGGAAGGCCUCUGACCAAUUUCCCAAGAGGCUCUUACUCAGGAAACAAAGGUUUGUGUGGUGUACCUCUGGACCCCUGUAGGCCUUAAACCCCAGUUUUCUUUCUUGAAUAUCCACAUAAAUAGAAUGAUUUCCCCAAAUUUCUUUGUUUUAUACCCACAUAGAAAGAAUGAUCACAGCUAGAGAUCUCUUGAUGUGUUUUCUAUGUAAAGCUCCGUUUAUUAGAAAGAACAGAAAUAUUGUGUGAAACCAGGAGCAGUGAACAGUGACCUCAACUUGAUAAGUAGCACUUUACAACUUUUAGAGAGGAAAUCUUGCAAGGACACAUGUAACGAUGUUCUUUGCUCGAAUAGUGAUAAUGCAAGAACAUCUAGAGAGGGAGAGGGAGAGAGAGAGAGACGUGAUCGGGACAAGAGAGCUUCCAUGUAAAAGAACUGGAUUAAUUCAUCAUUAUCUUGAUGCUUACAACUUGGGAACAUCUAUUCAAGGGUUUCUUCACAAAACCCAAGUUGUUGAUAAUUCACAUAAUCGAUUUCAUUUAGCCGUAUACAACACAAAAUCUGCUCUGGCAACUCUUCAGCUUUGUUAUCCUG